CACGCUGUCGCUAUUUUCAACUGCCUCACCAGCUAAAGACUCGCUCAUCACGUCUGCAAUCGCAUCACUGGUUGUUUUGGGUUUUUGGCCUCGAUUCUUUACUGAUGAGGGACUUUCGGCCCGACUGACACAGGGAGAUGGGGGUACUCAAUAUCGCAGACCAGUCGCCUCUGGUCCAGGCCAUAUUUAACCGGAAUUUAGAUGAAGUGAAGUUGUUUUUGCACAAGAAAGAUGAAGUCAAUGCACUGGACCAAGAGCGUCGCACACCUCUUCAUGCUGCUGCCUGGCUGGGAGACGUUCAAAUAAUGGAGCUUCUCAUUAGUGCAGGUGCAAAUGUCAAUGCAAAGGACCACGUGUGGCUAACGCCAUUACACAGAGCAUCUGCUUCCAGAAACGAGAGGGCUGUGGGGCUGCUGCUUAGAAAGGGAGCAGACGUGACGGUACGGGACAAGUUCUGGCAGACGCCGCUGCACAUUGCUGCGGCCAAUCGAGCCACACGUUGCGUCGAGGCUCUGCUGCCCCACGUGACCAGCCUGAACAUGGCGGACCGGACGGGCAGAGCGCCCCUGCAUCACGCUGCUCUGAGUGGAUACCAGGAGAUGGUUAAAUUGCUGCUGAACAAGGGAGCCAAUCUGAGUGCCAGUGACAAAAAGGACAGGCAGCCUAUUCACUGGGCUGCGUACCUCGGACAUCUGGAGGUGGUUAAGCUGCUGGUGUCUCAGGGCUCAGAUAAGAGCUGUAGGGAUAAGCGGGGAUACACCCCUCUCCACGCAGCUGCUGCCAGUGGCCAUGUUGACGUGGUCAAGUACCUGUUACGUAAUGGAACUGAGAUUGAUGAGCCUAAUGCUUUCGGAAACACUGCUCUCCAUGUGGCCUGCUACACGGGACAGGAGGCCGUAGCCAACGAGCUGGUCAAUCGCGGGGCCAACGUCAACCAGCCCAACCACCGUGGCUACACUCCCCUGCACCUGGCUGCGGUGUCCACUAACGGAGCGCUCUGCCUAGAGCUGCUGGUUAAUAACGGUGCUGAUGUCAACAUGCAGAGUAAAGAAGGGAAAAGUCCUUUGCACAUGGCAGCAAUUCAUGGACGUUUCACUCGCUCUCAAAUUCUCAUUCAGAACGGUGGGGAGAUAGAUUGUGUGGACAGAUAUGGCAAUACUCCUCUUCAUGUUGCUGCUAAGUACGGCCAUGAGCUGCUUAUCAGUACUUUAAUGACAAACGGGGCUGACACAGCCAGGCAAGGGAUUCAUGGAAUGUUCCCUCUACACUUAGCUGUCCUUUACGGGUCCUCUGACUGUUGUCGUAAGCUACUUUCCUCAGGUCAGCUGUACAGCAUUGUGUUGUCGAUGAGUAAAGAGCACGUGCUCUCAGCCGGGUUUGACAUCAACACCCCAGACAACUUUGGGAGGACCUGUCUACACGCUGCUGCCUCUGGAGGAAACGUUGAAUGUCUUAAUCUGCUCUUGAGCAGUGGAGCCGACAUGAGUAAAAAGGACAAGUUUGGGAGGACACCUUUGCACUAUGCGGCUGCUAAUGAAAGGUAUCAGUGUGUGGUCGUGCUGGUGGGAGCGGGGUCAGAGGUCAACGAGCGGGACCGUUCUGGCUGUACACCUCUACACUAUGCAGCAGCAUCCACUGCGUUCUGCAGAACGGACCGAGCCCAUGCCAGCACCCUUCAGAACCAGGAGGACAGGGGGAAAGAAUCUUUCUUGUGUGUGGAGCAUUUGUUGGAUAACGGUGCCGAUCCGUCUCUGUGCAACACUAAGGGAUACAGUGCCGUGCAUUACGCAGCAGCCCACGGCAACAAACAGAACCUGGAGCUGCUUUUGGAAAUGUGCUUCAACACUCUGGAAGAGAAAGAGAGCAAUGAGCUUGUUAGCCCACUACACUUGGCGGUGGAUUCGGGUCACUGGGAAUGCCUGACCGUGUUAAUAGAGUCUGGAGCGUGUGUGGAUGCGUGUGACCCGGCGGGCCGCUCUGUGCUGUAUUUAGCCUCCCAAAGAGGACAUGGCCGCUGCGUGGAACUCCUGCUCAGCCAAUCAGCAUCCUGCCUGCUUGCAGAGCACUGCAGUAAAUGGGGCCCGCUUCACGUGGCAGCUGCCAACGGCCAUUCAGAAUGUCUGCGAAUGCUGCUCUGUAGUGAAGGUGGAGCCGAUCUUGUCAAUGUCACCGAUAUGGAGGGACAAACGCCACUGAUGCUGGCGGUGUUGGGGGGCCACACUGACUGCGUGCAUGUGCUGUUGGAACGAGGAGCAUGCCCUGAUGUGAAAGACAGGAGAGGAAGAACAGCCUUACACAGAGGGGCGGUGAUGGGUCGGGAGGACUGUGUAACCGCCCUGCUCUCCCACAGCGUCUCGGUCCUCAGCAGAGAUGUUCAGGGGCGAACCGCGGUCCAUCUUGCUGCCUCUUGCGGCCACGCUGAUAUUCUCUCCAAUCUUCUUUCUGCUGCUGACCACGCCCAUCCCCAGGACUCAAUCACAGACCGCCACGGCUACACACCCACACACUGGGCAGCCUAUCACGGUCAUGAAGACUGUUUGGAAGUUUUACUUGAACUUAAACCAUGUAGUAUCCAGGAGGGAAACCCCUUCACCCCACUGCACUGUGCUCUAAUUAAUGGCCAUGGUGGUUCUGCAGAGCUGCUGUUGGAAUCCAGUGUUUGUAAUUCGCUGGUAAACAUCAGGGAUGCCAAAGGAAGGACCCCACUUCACGCGGCUGCGGUCGCUGAGGACGUGGCUGGGCUGCAGCUGGUUCUGCGGCACGGAGCUGACAUCAACGCCGUGGACCACUCAGGACGUUCUGCACUGAUGGUGGCCGCCGACAAUGGACAAAGCGGUGCCGUGGCCCUGCUGCUGCACAGAGCCAAAGCUGAUCUGUCCCUCCUGGAUGUUAACAAGAACACUGCCCUUCAUCUGGCCUGCAGCAAGGCUCAUGAAAUGUGUGCCAUGCUGAUCUUGAAGGAGAUCCACAACCCCAUCCUCAUAAAUGCAACAAACAGUAUGCUUCAGAUGCCCCUCCACAUUGCCGCCAGGAAUGGUUUGGCUACUGUGGUUCAGGCGUUACUGAAUCGUGGAGCUACAGUGCUGGCAGUGGAUGAGGAAGGUCAUACUCCAGCCCUGGCUUGCGCAUCCAACAAAGCUGUCGCCGACUGCCUCGCUCUCAUUCUCUCGACCAUGAAGCCUUCCUCCUCCACGCCCCCCUCAUCCUCUCCCUCGUCGCCCAGCCUCAACCUGCUCAAGCACUGUGGCAUCACCGCCGCCUGUCCCCCCCUGCCCAAUGGAGGCCUUCUUCAUGGUUACGGCAAAGAUCGCCAUGGUGCUCCCAUCGGCUUGGAUGGCUGCUUGACUGAGUGAGGCUUCCUUACUCGCUAAAACAACCCGCGGUCACUCCGGUCCUCUCUACACACCUAGAUAAACCUAUAUGCAAUUACAGCCACACAUCUCUCCUGUGCCAGUAUCGAAGCGUUCCUUUACGUCUCGCUAGAGAGCAAACACGAGAGGACGGAUUUAGCUAUUUAUUUAUAUAUUUAUUCCCCCCGCCCCAUCCCAGACUCCCAUUUUUAAUGCUGUCCAUUCAGUAUGAUUCUAAUAAGUGGAAAAGCUGAAUCUAAGCCAUCUGAUUGAACCAGUAUCCACCACUGGUGACUCAGUCCUUUUUUCUUCGUUUCGGUUGAUUUGACUCGGUUCAUGUUAGAAUUAUGCAGCUCCGUGGUAACAGUGAUAAUGGAACGGUUUCCGUAUCAUGCCUCCUAUUUGCGUGACGCUGUGGCCUUCCGUAGGAAUUUACAGCCUGCCCUUAGGAACAAUUUAAACGGGUUACACUCGAUUUGCAUGAAUUGGCGGGACCAUGUAUUUGAUAGUGGUCUUGUGUGUGUGCGUGCGUGCGUGCGUGCGUGCGUGCGUGUGUGUGUGUGUGUGUGUGUGUGUGUGUGUGUGUGUGUGUGUGUGUGUGUGUGCGACAUCCACUUUUGUGCAAGAGUUUUUCAUCCCAUACUUGAUUCUUACAUUUUGAGGUUUUUAUGUGAGGUGCAAUCUGAUUUAGCACAGAUCAGGAACAACAAAGCAACCGAACAGAAUAAUUUCUGACAUAAGGGAAAACCAUACUACCUUAAGCCAAAAGACCAGUGACCUCCCACUAGAGGGGUCAGAUAUAUAAUGCAUGUUUACUGUCAGAGGAAAGGGAGGGUGUUUGGAAUGUGUCGUAUUAGGUUUACAAUGAAGGCGUCUGCUAGUCCACAUCACUGUUUGUCGUUUGGCAGAAGAAAGUAAAGUUAUAAAUGUCAUGCUGCCAGGCACUGAAAUUAUGAAGAUGUUACACUAUUGAAAUAUAGAAAGCACAAAUUAUGUCAUUUAUCGAUACAGAUUGUUGAGACUGCAGUUGUCAUACACAGCUCUUUGGACCUCCAUCUUUAUUUAAUUUUUGGGGGGUUCACUUUUGGGUUGGCAGGGGCUCGUAAUACAUCUCGAAUUAAAUUUGCUGCUUGGCUUUUUUUUAUGAAUUUACUGUUUUGCUUUUUUGAUGGUGUAAUUUUUAGUGUGGACCUGCUUUUACAGUGCCUACUAAAUUUCUUUUUGGUCUGCUUAAGGUCCGGUCGGAGUUAAACGGACCAUAUUUGCUCCCGCAAGAUGGUGCAUGCAUGUUAAGUAUUUCUCUUGAAGAUUGACUAUAUAUAUAUAUAUAUAUAUAUAUAAAACAAUAUAUAUAUAUCUCCGAUCACACUUGUUAUUUCUAACUUGAGGGAGUUGAAAUAUGAAUGCAAAAAAAUAAUUGCAGCAUUUAGACUCAUUGGGCCUUUCUAAAAUCACGGUGAUGGGAGCAGUCAUGAGUGUGACCAAAGUUGAUCGAAAUGCCAUUUUAUUAGGAACGAAAUCCAAAAUUAAAGACCCGACACAAGUUGUUCACCCCUGCACCCCCUCUUUAUGAAAUGCUUCCUUCUUGCCAAAGGUAGAUUAAAGUUAAGAUUGUGCUUCCAUUAGGUUGUUUCACCUAAACCGCAAAAUAAGACCAUGUGAAUGAGUGUUGGAAACAUCCCUUUGUUUGUGCACCACAAACAGGCAAUAUAAGCUCAGUCACUAUUGAGACAAUCAGUUGAAAGGGCUUUUAAUUUUACCAUAGAUUUUCUUUUCGAGCAAAAGCAUCAACGAAAUUUCCCAGAUUAUAAAGAGCUAUAAAGAAUCUAUCCUCCAUCCUAACCAUUUCAAGACGUAAAACGUGGACUUGUUCUCAAUUAUACCAAUACUGUUACUUUCAUUACAGUAUAGAGGGAUUUGAAUGAUGUGGGUAGAGUAGCUUUGAAGUAUUGUAACUGAUAAUUGUGUGAAGACAAACAGGCUGUGGUAAGAUGUUUUGAAGGCCAUGUGGAGAGUGCAUUUAUACUGAUUUCUCAUAAAGAAAUUCUGAAAUGACCUCUUUAUUUUUGACUGUUUACACAAGACUCUAAUCCACACAGGCCUGAUAUAAAGCACUUGGUUAUUCAAUAAUUUAAAAUAAAGAAAAAAUAUUGUGCAUAUUUAAACCUGUUCACAAGCUGCAAAUGGGCAAAUAUCUGACCUCUACUUGCAAGAGUGCAAUUGUGCAUGCGUGAAAAUCUGAUUAGAUUAGUUAUGUCGCAGUGUUUUGAGUUGUUAGUUAUUCACGUCUGAGGGGGAAGAUCCCUCGUGGAGGAAGUUUAGAUUUUCCUGUAGUUAUUUGCGCUUUGGUGGAGGUUUUUGGUGUGUGUGUAGAUGGACAGGGUACAAAGUGCAAGUCGAUGAUGAGCUUGUUAUUUGCACUGCCAGUAAGCACUGCUUAUAGUUGUACAAAAAAACUGAAUAUUUAUACGUUUAGUUAGCUUGUCAUACCACAUUUAGUUGGAAUAAGUGCCCGUGGAGCCUGCGAUGAGUUUUCAAAACACAUUUAGUUUAGUGCAAGAUAAAGUGCUUCUUUUGAUUGUAUCUCGGAGCUAAUUUUUCUCUAUUUAUUCACGAUAGUAAUUCAUAUCCAGCCAGAACCAAUUAAAGCAUACUUGUUUUUAACUCCUCAUUUGUAAUGUCUUAUUGGCAUUGCACUAAAGUAGUUGAAAUGUCUUGUCGAAUGUAUGCCGUGACAGUAGCAGCUCGCUUCGGUGUUGGUGCUGAUGUUGUGUGCGUUAGUUAGCGAUUUAAUAAUAACAACACAAACUUUCUAUCUAAUCGAACCCUUUUGGAACCUUUAAAAGACUGAGUUGGUGCAUUUGCUGUUUUACGUAUGAACAAUAAGGGAACUAGUCACAAAGGUUUUUAGGGUGAAGUGUAGCUGGUGUGGGGAGACCCCCACAAUCAUUUAGUGCCAUAACCUUUUUCCUUUUUCUCAUUUUGAUGUUUGUAAAAAUGUGAAUGAAUGAUUCGGUUUUUGUGUGUGCGUCCAAGACCAUUACCAAAAUUAGAACAAGUCCAAACGAACAUAAGCUACUGUGCCCAUUAUAUAUAUUUUUGGAGAUCCACAUAGUAUGUCAAAUAUUGUAAAAUGCCAGUAAGUUCACAAUCAGAUGAAAAAAUGCCAGUGUGUUUGUAACGGAGCUGUACAGAUGGAGCUCCCCUCCGCCCAUCGAUGUUGCAGCGAAGCCGGUUUUGAGUCAUUCAGUCAACGGCUCCUUCAAAAAUAAUAUUCUGACCAUUGUUCCAUGUGGUCUGCGGUACUCUUCAUUGCAAAUUUGCGGGAUAAAAGUUUCUUUAUACGCAGUGGAACAUUUUAAAAAGCCUUAAAUCUUUAUUACCUGGAGGGCAGAUUUGAAAUUUACCUAAAUAAAACAUUUACUUAGUUUUUCUCAUUUCGUUCUGGAUUAACAAUUUUUGUUUUUUUACACAUCAUGCUCUCAAGGGCCAGCUUUCAUCGCCUGUUAUGACCAACAUAUAAUGGUUACAGUUAUUUGCAGGCGGUUCGAGCUGAAUGAAACUGGAGUUAUCUGAUAAUUGUAACCAACAAUUUUUUGGGAAGCAGAUAAACUGUAGCGCAGAUGAAUUGAUCUCAGUGUCCUUAUUUGUACGCUCAUCCUUGCGUUUUGUAUUAUCAAAUUGAUUUCUCACAAAGGUAUUAAUGGCUGAUAGAAUGUCUAUUUACCUCAGAGGACCAGCGUGUCCCUACUACUUGAAUCCGCAUCCAUUUUAAGGCAAUACUCAAAACACCCGUUUCAUUAACCUACGUCUAGCUCCCGACUUUUUGCCUUAAAAGGAAACUGUAUCGUUCAGCAGACGCAGCACUUGAGAGCUUUUGUUAUCCUGGAAUCUCAUGUGGUGAGAUUCACAAGAAGCACAGUUAUAUACGUUGACUUCACAGUUAUGACUACGUUGGCAUUUUGGUGGGAUUAAAUUUUUUUGCACUAGAAAAUAUUCAAAUGAUUAUAGCGAAAAUCUGCAUAAAAUGUAAAAUGGUUGUUACAAAAUGAACACCGUAAAUGAUUUGGUGAGACCUCGACACAGAACAUAAAUGUUGCCCGUUGAAAAAUUAUUUUAUAUAUGCCAAUGUAAAUUUUCUCUCAGUUUUAUUUUAGUGUCUUGAAUGCAGCAUUUAGGUAGUUACAAGAAACAAAUCUGCGGUCUUAUAAAUGCAAAUCUUUCUAACAAGGUAAGAGCACAAUAGUGAUUGUGCUAUACGUUAUUCCUCAAGACGGUUUGGUCUGCAUUGUCUCGACGUGGCAAUCUUACCUCAUAAACUAGCUGUCCUUAAUAUCUGUCGCGCUAUAUACACUGGUAAGUUAGUUUCGAGUAGGUGAUAUUAGCUACGCAUGCUCCGUGCAACCGGAAUCCUAAGAUCGCGUUCCUGAGGCCUUGCGAUGUGGAGACAUUUUUUCAAGAGGUUUGCAUAGAUGAUGUCCCGGCUUACUCUGCUGAUCCGUUGAGUUUUUUUACUUGCUACGCACUAACUGUUCUAAUCAUAAAUCUACUAGCGAAUGAUGUAAUCGGCUGCAUUUCGUUUUCAUCGGCAGCUUGUUUUCAUAAGGCUAGUUAGUUAGACCAUCAGAGCCUGACUGAAUGGCUGAUCUCACAGGGCAUGUAGGGAUCCCUUUAAAACACAUCCUUUCAUAUUUGACGAAAGCUAUGCAGGAAUAUUUUCGUUUUGAUCUCGCUAAUUUGCAUAGUGCCACCGGAGAUAGCCCAAGCGUUUCAUUUUCUGUUCAUCUGUAUAUCCGACACCUUGCUUGUUGGCUUUGGUUGAGAAAACGACUGCUUUGCGUGGCAUGCUGCUAUUUUUUUUUUCUUCAUCUCUUUAAAGUACUACACUUUGUGACGAGUAUGUGGGAUUGUGCCUUUUGUUAUCAAGUACAUGCCACAGGGUAUGGUCUUCCAUUCAACACCUUUAGUGAGCCUUAUGAUUGAACAACUGUUGUACAUUUCAAAACCAGCCGCCAUCCGUGUAGUUGCGUUUCGAGCGGCCAAACUCGAGAUCGAAUUCGGCAGCACCGCAGAUAAAUAUUUGUAAAUUGAAUUAAUAACGGAUUUUUUUUGUCGAAUCUAGCUAGUGACCUGUUUGAAGUUUAUGGAAAAAAAAACGUAUUUAGUUUUACAAAGUGUGAAUUCUUUAGUGAAGUAGACGUGUGCCGUGUCGUUUUUGUGUGGUAAUGCAUUGGAGAUUAGUUGUAAUCCAGUGUCGUGUAGAAUGUUGGCAUGACUCCUUUUUGUCUAUGUUGUAUCGACGUCAAACGUAUCCACCUGAAAUGGACUGAAGUGCAAUAACUUUUCUGUGCGCCAUAGUAUCCUUAACGGAGGAAAAUGCCCUUUUGCGUUAUCCAUCUUUUUUUAAGCAGGGUGUUAGUUAUUUAUUUUUUCGGAUUGUACAAAUUUCAACUCCUUCCUGCUUUGCCUACAGAAGUGGCACUUUCUUGUGGAAUGUACAAAGGACUUCCACUUUGUGGAAACUGUGAUAGGUGUCAAGCCUUAGUGAUACUUGCGUACAGGAAAAAUGGCGUACGUGUUGGUUGAUGGGCUGAGGGUUCAGACAGUGGCGUUUUCCAGCCCCAUUCAAAGUCAGUGUCUGCUUUUGUGGCACGUUUAGUGUAUUUUGUGUAUGUGUGUGGGGGGAUGUUUAAAUCUGUUCAUUUACCUCUGACCGCUUAAAUUAAUACCAAAACGAAAGUGUAUCGCCUAGAAAUACAAAUCGUUUUUAAUAGAGAUUUUUUUUAUCUUCAUUGUCACCAGUGACUUAUUCAGGGUUUAAUUCCCCCCCACACAAUAUUUUAACUUUGGGCCAUAUGCUAUGCGGUACCAAAGAAUGUUUCGUUGUUGAUCUUUAGAUUGGUAUGUUUUUUUUCUUGCUUUGCAGAUGUCUGAAUAACAUAAAGUCCCCAACAUUGUCAUGUAAUAUAUUUGAAAAGUAAUAAAAAAAACAUUUUGGAACUUAUCAAACAUUCCUUCUGAAUGUCAUUGUACAAAACAGAAGUACCGUUUAAAAGUUGUUGGUUUCCCCAAGACCGGGCGUCUUUUAGUGUUCUUCAGUAGUGUAGUCCAGAAUAAUUUACUUCAACGUCCUUCAUUUUGGCCUCAAGCAAUCAAUGACUUCAUAUUUAAACCUUAAAAACAGGGAGCACACUGAGGGAAGAAAUAAAUAAUCGAGUAUUUCACAACAUAGGACCAAUGUUUGUCUCUGUAGAUAUGGCCACUUGAUUUCAUUCUAGAACAAGCAAUACGAGUAUCGAGAGACAAUUGUAUGUUUCUUAAGAUUUGUUGGCUGUGGCUCAUUUUGGCCUGGCAAUUUAAUAUGUGGCACCUUAGGUUAACACCCUCUUCUUAUUACUGAGUCGUAACAGAUUUCAGUGCUGAGAGAGCCUUAUUUCAGUCAAACUGAAUGUGAAUUGGUUGUGUGCAGGAUUCGGCCAUUUUUGAAUGGACUGGCUUUAAUCAAAUGGACCUUCCACGUCCCGUGUUUGAAUCCAGUUUCACUACGACCCACCGUCUAUAAGACUUUCCAAACGUUGCUGUUACACAAGAAAAGCAAAAAACUCAGCACUGUGGCAAUGUUUCCACUGUUUAAACCCAGCGGCUUCGAUAAAAACAGGGUUGGUAUCACUGCUUCCUAGAUCCACUCGACAUGCCAAGUAUUCGAUGCGCGUUACGCCGCCAGUUAACAUUUACAUGAAAUGCUCACUGGCUUUAAAAACAUGAUCCUGAGGUGUAAUCUU